AUGGUACUUUCAUUCUUCGCUGGUGGCUAUGACGGGGAAGAUGGAAAUAGAGCCGUUGAAGAGGGCCGCGGAGACCUUGUCGCUUAUGGUCGCUUGUUCUUAGCUAAUCCAGAUUUGCCAAGGAGAUUUGAGCUUGAUGCUCCUCCGAACAAGUACGACAGAGAAACAUUUUAUACACAUGAUCCCGUUGUUGGUUACACCGAUUAUCCUUUCCUUGAAGACACUUGCCUAAGGACAGGGGAUCUCGUGUGA